GGUGAUGAUGGCAAAUUAGUAACAUAUUAUUUUCGUCAAAUAUUAUUAACACGUUGCCAAAAAGAAUUCGAAAGCGAUUAUAGAGAAGAAAUUGAAUAUGAAAAGCGUAAAGCUGAAGUUGACUCUUUAACAGAUGACAAAAAACGUAAAGAGGAAGGAGACAAAUUAGAAGAUGAUCUUGUCAAAACUAAGCGAAGAAAAUUAGGAAACAUUGUUUUUAUUGGUGAACUAUUUAAAUUACAAAUGUUAACUGAUAUAGUUAUGUAUGAUUGUAUAGAAUAUUUACUUCGUGAUAAAAGUGAUGAAGAAAACAUUGAAUGUUUGUGUUGUCUAUUACGUACGAUUGGAAAAGAACUUGAUGACAAAGCUCUCGAAAAAAUUGCCAAAAAAAACAAUUUGGAAAAAUAUUAUGGUGAAUUAAAUAUUAUUGUAAAAGAACAAAAAAUAUCUCCAAAUAUUUGUUGUAUGAUUCAAGAUCUUAUUGACUUAAGACACGCUUUAUGGGCUGCUCGUCGUGCUGACGCUAAGCCAACAACAAUCGAUGAAAUUCAUGAACAAGAACAACACCACGAUCAAAGUCUUGCUACUCUUGUUGAUACUGCCUACAGUGAUGGUAAUCAAAAGCAGAAUAAUGAUGGACAUGGUAGUCGUAGUAGUGGCAUUAAUCAGGAGUUGAAUAGAAAUGACGACGAUAGAGUAGAAAAUCGUUUCAGUGUUAAUAGUUUAAGGCAAUUACAACCCAAUGAUCAACGAAAUCAAGGCCCAUUUACAAUGAAGUUAGCUCCACAGCGUCCGUGGUCGAAAGGAUCAGGUAUUGAAAAGAAGCCUGAAAAAGAUCAUUCAUUUGGUGGACGAACUGUUAAACCAUUAAAGAGUCUUAUGCAAUGCCAAUCAUCACGUACAUCAGCACGUGAAAAUGCCUCACAAUCAUUACGUAAAACAAUAACAGGUAGCGGAGUAAAUAGUCCAGCAAAUGUAACUGGUACAUCAUUCAUGACGAAUAAUCGUGAACAUUCGCGUAAUAUUAGUCAUAAACAAUCUUGCAAUGAAUCAGAUGAACAAUUGUUAAAUACUAAUUCAUCAGUACAAGCAAAUAAAGCAUUCAAUAAAUCUACGACAAUAAUUAAUCAAAACCCAUUGAAUAUAACAUUUGAUGAAAGAAAAACCAGAGCUCGUGUAUAUUCGCUCAUUGGAGAAUACACAGAAAAUUAUUCAAAUCUAACUGAUCGACCGGUGAAAGAAGCAUUAGAAGAUUUAGCGACAUUUUGUACGCGAAGCUUUGAUCAACAAGCAAUUAUUGUUCGAGAAUUAUUCACUAAUGCUUUCGAGGCUAAACCGCGAGCUCGUCGAGCUGUUGGACAUUUACUUGAUGCUGCGCAUAAUGAAAAUCUUAUUUGUGAAAAAGCCAUUCUUGCUGGCGUUGAAAUGAUUAUUGAAGCUGCACCUGAUUAUAGGGUUGGCAUUCCUCUAAUUUGGCAAUAUAUAGGUGAAAUUCUUGGUGCAUUCGUUGGCACUUCAACUUCAAAUAUGGCACUACUGAAACCAAUUUUCGAAUGUGCUCCUGACGAUAAAGUGAAACAAUUCUUUCAAUUUAUUAUUCGAUAUGCAACAGAAUUCUCAUCUCAGUCACGCAUACAAAGUUUUUGGCAAUCAUCCGGUUUUUCUCUAAAUGAUUUAAUUAAAGCUGAUCUAAUCGACUCUACAUUUUCAAAUGAAUUUGACUGGUUAUUUGAUACACCUGAAGUCGAACAAUCAACGUCACAAACCAAAGAAAACCAUUCUCCGCAUCCUGAUCCACAGCUUGUUAAAUUAUUUAAAUCUGUGAAUGAUCAAGGUACCACAAUAACUGAUCCAGAAAUAAUCACAUAUAUUCGCGAGCAUAUGGAUCCAAGCGAAAAAUUUUAUAUUCGAAAUAUUGUUUUAUCUUAUUUGGAAGCAUGCUUAAUUAAUCGUGGUCUACAAAAGAAAAUUCAAGAAGAUAUUGCGAAAAAACGAAUGACUGUACUAAAAGAGAUUAUUGACCAUAAAUUAGAAGCAGAGAUCCAAGCUGUUUAUGCCAUUCAAAAUUUUGUCACUAAACUUGAACAUCCACCAAAAAUGGCUCGACUACUAUUCGAUAUAUUCUAUGAUGAAAAAUGUGUGAGUGAAGAUGCAUUAUUCGAAUGGCUUAGAAAUCCAGAUCAAUCAGAAACCGAAGGUAAAUUAACAAAAAAAAGAAAUAGUAAAUUAGUAAGCUCUUUCGUGGUAGGACAUUCUGCUGUCGAAAUAUCAACUAAAGACUUUUUUACUUGGUUAACACAAGCUGAAACAGAAGUUGAAGAAGGCGAAGAAGAAUGGGAAAAUUUAAUUCUAGUAUCUUAA